GAAGUCGACUCAUUCCUUUUUGAUGAAGGCAAAAUCCACUAGUAAACGAAUCAUCAAGUCCUGCUCUUCCUCUGCUUCUUCCGCUGCUUCUUCCUCUCUCCCUUUUCGCUUGAGCUCUCUCUCCUUCAAUUAUCUCAAGUCUCUAAGCCCUAAAUUUCUCAUUCCUUAUAAUUUCCGCUCAACUACCAGAUUCUGUAUAGAAGAGUUGUAAACACGGUUGGGAUUUUUCUUGUUGUUUCCAUGGUGGCGUGUUGAUGUGCAUUGUUUUUAUGUUGGGGAAAGACACACUCGAGUCUGUUUGGAGAAGUAAAAAAGUCUAGGAAAGUACCUAAAUAGAAGUUUUUCUAAUUAAAAGCGAAAGUCAGCUUAAGCUCUAUCAAAAAAGGUAAUUUCAGAAUUUAGUUAUACUAGUGAACUGGUACUCGCAAACGCUAAGAGAAUAAUUAGACCAAAAUGUGGUUAAAACUGGACUUGAAACAGUCAUAUAUAUAUAUAUAUAUAUAGAUAUAGAUACCAGUGUGUAUGUAUACGUAAGCAACCUACUCCAUGCACUUAUCACGUCGCUAAAGUCACACGAUGAGAGAUUAGGGAUCAGUCCUCACCUCUCGUUAAUGCUCCUGGAUUACUGCACGCUCGUCUCGAUCUUCUCACUAAAGUAGAGGAUGGUUUUGUCACAGAAACUCCACGAAGCAUUCAAAGGAACUGUAGAAAGAAUCACAGGGCCACGCACAGUCUCUGCUUUCAAAGAAAAAGGAGUGCUUAGCGUAAGUGAAUUUAUUCUUGCUGGAGAUAAUCUCGUGACUAAAUGCCCCACCUGGUCCUGGGAAUCAGGUGAGCCCAGCAAAAGGAAGCCAUAUUUGCCCCUAGACAAACAGUUUCUGAUUACUAGAAAUGUCCCUUGCCUACGUAGAGCUGCAUCUGUAGAAGAAGAAUAUGAAGCUGCUGGAGGUGAAGUUCUGCUUGAUAAUGAAGAUAAUGAUGGCUGGCUGGCAACUCAUGGAAAGCCAAAAGAUAAAUAUGAUGAGGAUGAGAACUUGCCCACCAUGGAGCCCUUAGAAACCAACAAAAGAAACAUUAUUCAGUCAAUCUCCACAUAUUUUGGAGGUGAGGAAGAGGAAGACAUACCGGAUAUGGCAGGUUAUGCAGAACCUGAUAACAUAAUUGAGACAGAUCCUGCAACACUUCAGACUACAUAUCUCGUGGCUCAUGAACCUGCUGAUGAUAAUAUUCUGCGGACCCGAACUUAUGAUGUCAGCAUCUCGUAUGAUAAAUACUACCAAACUCCACGCAUUUGGCUCACUGGAUAUGAUGAGUCAAGGAUGCUAUUGCAGCCAGAACUUGUCCUUGAGGAUGUUAGUCAAGACCAUGCACGUAAAACGGUAACUAUUGAAGAUCAUCCUCACUUGCCUGGGAAGCAUGCGUCUGUUCAUCCCUGUCGACAUGGAGCUGUAAUGAAGAAAAUUAUUGAUGUUCUAAUGUCACAUGGCGUGGAGCCUGAAGUUGACAAGUACCUUGUCAUAUUCUUGAAAUUCAUGACCUCUGUAAUUCCGACAAUUGAGUAUGAUUACACCAUGGAUUUUGAUCUUGGUAGCUCAAGCAACUGAUCUAAGAUAGCUUUUCGUUGAGGAACUAAAGCAUUAUUAUGUUGCCACUGACUACUUCCCCUGCAACUAUCCGAUCUUGUGUAUAUAUGUACAGACAAAAAAUUCACUCACGGGUAACUCUUUUAAGGCUAUGUCAAAUUAUGCAGUCACAAAUUCAUCUUGUAUAUCUGUAUAUUUAAAGAUUGUAUAUAAAAUAAUUUCACAAUAAAUAAACUAAGUCUAUGUGAGCACAACGCGAGUUACUGUUA